UUUGGUCCCCAAAGAAAAUUUAUUGAUGUAUGAAAAAUGAACUCCCCCUCGAACAGUGCAUGAAAAAAAAUGAAAAACACACACACUCUUUUUCUUUCUUUUCUGAUUUUCUACACACACACACACACUCUCUUUUUCUUUCUUUUCUUGAUUUUUUACACACGCACUCAUUUUCUUCUGACACACACGCACACACUCUUUUUUGUCUUUUCUCCCCCUCAAAGUAUUCCUCUCUCUUUUAUUUUCUCCCUUUUCUCCCCCUCAACACAUGCAACGCACACCACACACACACACUUUUAUUUAGAUCAUGGAGACGACAAAAUUACAUCGGAUCAAGGUUCAACAUGCCUAACUUAGAUACUAGGAACUGGAAUCUCUUUUCAUCCAGUACCUUAGUAAACAAGUCAGCCAGUUGAAGCUCAGUAGUUACAAAGUAUAGAUCAAUGUCUCCUUUCUCAACAUGGUCCUUGAUGAAGUGAUAGCGUAGGUCGAUGUGCUUGGUGCGCGAGUGAUGAACGGGGUUGCUGGUGAUGGCUAUUGCACUUUGAGAGUCACUGUAGAUGGGGAUGUGGUUGAAUAGGAAGCCAUAGUCUCUGAGUUGGGUCCUCAUCCAUAGGAUUUGUGAACAGCAACUAGCAGCCGCAACAUACUCUGCCUCGGCUGUAGAAGUGGACACACAGUUCUGCUUCUUGGAGGACCAGCAGACUAGUUUUUCUCCCAGAAAUUGAGCACCACCGGAGCUUGAGUGAAAUUGAGAAUUUCUGUCUGAACCUUGAUAGCGGCAGAGGGAGGAAAAUACUCCUGCAUAAAUGCCUGAUGAAGCUUCUCCCAUGUUUCAAAGUGCCCGUUUGGAAAGCUACGGAGCCACCGUGAAGCUUUGUCUUUCAACGAGAAUGGAAAUAAAGUCAACCUGACUGCUUCGCUGGACACUCCAUUAUAUUUGAACGUGGCACAAGUCUGAAUAAAGCUCUCAAUAUGCUCCAUUGGAUCUUCAUGAGUGUAUCCACAGAAUGGAUUAUUAGCAAGCAUCUGAAUCAUGGCCAGCUUGAUUUCAAAAUUGUUGGCCUAAAUGGUGGGUGCCCCAAUGCUAUUUCUCGCCACAUAAUUAGGCAUCAACGUCUCCAGAGUUGUCUGAUCGGCCAUUUUCUCCAAGUGUUCUAGCAAUCGCCUUUUAGCUCUUCCUCGGAAUAAGCGUUUAGGAUUAGAAUACCCUUCAAAUAGAUCUUGUUCCCCCGAGGAGCGAGUGCGCAUACACUUGUUCCUGCAGCUUAGUUCACGUGCAAAGAACACCAAAAACAAAAACAAAUAACAGAAAAAAAUAGAAAGUCUCACCGACUUGCUUUUACCUAUUCCACAGAAAAGUACUUAACAAACAACCGUGCCACUCCCCGGCAACGGCGCCAUUUGAUCCAAUGUUUUUUUUGUGAAGUAAAACGUAGUUGGCUAAUCCAAAGAAUAACCAGACCACGAGUAUCGUCUCUCAAGGAGUGGCAAAAAGGAAGUUUUUAAAUACAGUCCGUGAUCACAGGCUAGCACAAGUCAUGGUAAUCUUUCCAAAUAAUGAUUUUGGGUGGUUUUAAAAAAAAUCAAGUGCAAAAAUAAAUAGAGUGAAGAAACAAAAUUAAAGUGAUUCUAGAUUUUAAAACAGGGUUCAAAUUGGAUGGUUCGGGUUCUGGGUGUUCUUUCGGGAUUAGAAUUAAGUAAAUUAAUUUUCAAUUGUUCCUGGAAAGAAAAUGAAAUAAAUUCUUAUAGACAAGAAUUAAAUCAAAUUUUCACAAUCCUAACUUAUUUCUAAGAUGAGAUUGCUUGUAUAAGACCCAAGCUAAUUUAACUCAAUUUCUCAUAGACAAGAAUUGAAUUAAAUCCAAAAAUUCAUAUAUGAGGUGAUCAAAUUCAUAUAGACAAUUAUGAUUAAUCUUAUACAAUUUACCAGAAAAUUAAUUGAAUUUCAAAAAACUAAAUUCACACCCUUAGGAACCCAUGAACCCUAGCCUCAAUUCAAACCCUAUGUGGAAUUAGCUACUCAUAAUUAAAACUAACAUCACAAUAAUAUUGAUAAACAUGAUAAUGAGCUAGAAAUAAAAAAUGAAUUAUAUCAAAGAAAGAUGGAAAAAUUCUGAUAUUAUAUUAUUAGUUGGAGACAAAUAAAUUCGAAAUUCAAUCCAAAAGCUAGAACUAGUAAUGUAAAAGAUGAAGUUGAGGAACCUCCUUGGUUCUUUCUUGUUGCUACGGCUAAUUCCAAAAGAAGAAAAGAAAUACUUGUUGUGGCUAAGUGACAAGGAACAGAAAGGAUUCCUCCCCUGCGACUGCUUGUAACUAAAAUGAACUGAGAAGAAACCUGGUGCGGCUGCCUUUCUACGAACAGAGAAAAAAAAAGAGCUCCUACUGGCUAAUUCUGAAGAGAAAGAAAAUAAUAGAUCCCCCUUUCGUGCUGCUGCUCGUUCCAGGGGAAAAACCCC